AUGACGCCCCCCACCGCCGCCCGGCAUAUAGUCAACUUCAUAACAGGCAACGCCAACAAGCUGGGCGAGGUCAAGGCCAUCCUGGAGCCGGCCAUCCAGGUCGACAGCCAGGCGCUCGACCUGCCCGAGAUCCAGGGCACCCUCGAGGAGGUGACGCUUGACAAGUGCCGCCGGGCAGCCGACUUGGUCGAGGGCCCCGUCCUGGUCGAAGACACAUGCCUCUGCUUCAACGCGCUGAACGGUCUGCCGGGGCCGUACAUCAAAUGGUUCCUGGCGUCCAUCGGGCAUGAGGGCCUCAACAACCUCCUGGCCGCCUACGACGACAAGUCGGCCAAGGCAGUGUGCACCUUUGCCUACUCGGCGGGGCCGGGCCACGAGCCGAUUCUGUUUCAGGGCAUCACCGACGGCAAGAUUGUGCCGGCGAGGGGCCCUGCAAACUUCGGAUGGGAUCCCAUCUUUGAGUACGAGGGGAAAACAUAUGCUGAGAUGGACAAGGCAGAAAAGAACAGAAUCUCGCACCGCUACCGGGCGCUGGCGAAGCUUCAGGAGUGGUUUGCGAAGGAAAUGACGGCCUGA